UACAGCUCGAGACUUGACAACAGGAGCGCUGACAGACAUCUGUUCAAAAUCACUUCAGCCUGAACUUUGCCUGCAAAGCGACGGCCUCCAUCACUGAUUACACACCAGACGUGACGAUGAGUUACUACAUGGAUCGAGUUUCCUCCUACCCAGCCCUUCACCCCACUGAUCGUCUAGGCAUGAUGAGGCAAAAUGCUGGGUUAGCAGUUACUAUGGCAACACAGGCUCAGUUUCUGGGACCCUGUCACCCUCAGCACAUGUACCCUGCCAAGCCUCUUUAUGGCCAGGACAUCACCCUGCAGGAGGUGCCCAACAGCCCAGAGUACUGCCCCGUCGAUCUGGAUUGUGGGGAUGUUCCCUUGCUCACUCCAGGGAGUAAAGAGAUGAUGUCACAGGCUUUGAAGGCCACUUUCAGUGGCUUCACCAAGGAGCAGCAGCGCUUGGGCAUCCCUAAAGACCCCAAGCAGUGGACCCAGGCUCAGGUUAGGGAAUGGCUGACGUGGACAGUGAACGAAUUCAGUCUGAAAAAUGUGGAUUUCCACAAAUUCUGCAUGAACGGAGCAAAUCUGUGCGCACUGGGCAAAGAGCGUUUUCUGGACCUCGCUCCUGACUUUGUCGGUGAUAUCUUGUGGGAGCAUUUAGAGAUGCUGCAGAAAGAAGACACAAAACAUUCGACUGUUAACGGCCUGAUCUCCAGCUUCCAGGAAUCCCGCUAUACCUCAGAUUAUUUUUCUACCUAUAGCAUUGAGCAUGCCCAGUGUGUGCCUCCCUCAGAGUAUUCAGAGCCUGGCUUCAUCACAGAGUCUUACCAGACCCUCCACCCAAUCAGCUCAGAGGACCUGCUUUCACUCAAAUACGAGAGUGAAUACCCCAAUGUUAUCCUGAGGGACACGCCCAUUAAUCCACUGCAGGCAGAAUAUUUCUCCAUCAAACAAGAGGUUGUUUCCCCUGACAACAUGUGUGUGGGUCGCAUCAGUAGAGGUAAACUUGGAGGUCAGGACUCCUUUGAGAGUAUUGACAGUUUUGAGAGUUGUGAUCGUCUGACGCAGUCCUGGAGCAGUCAGUCAUCCUUUAACAGCCUGCAGCGCGUGCCAUCCUAUGAUAGCUUUGACUCAGAGGACUAUCCCACUGCCCUGCACGGACACAAACCCAAGGGCACCUUUAAGGACUACGUUAGGGAACGGUCGGACCUCAGCAAGGACAAACCUGUCAUCCCCGCUGCUGCUCUGGCUGGAUACACAGGCAGUGGACCCAUCCAGCUGUGGCAGUUUCUCCUGGAGCUUCUGACAGACAAGUCCUGCCAGUCUUUCAUCAGCUGGACGGGAGACGGCUGGGAAUUCAAACUCUCCGACCCUGACGAGGUGGCACGGAGGUGGGGGAAGAGGAAGAACAAGCCUAAAAUGAACUAUGAGAAGCUGAGUCGUGGCCUGCGCUACUAUUAUGACAAAAACAUCAUCCACAAGACGUCAGGGAAACGCUAUGUCUACCGCUUCGUCUGUGACUUAAAAAGUCUGCUAGGCUACACGCCCGAGGAACUCCACGCCAUGCUGGACGUCAAGCCUGACACGGACGAGUGAAACAAAAUGAAAAAAAAAAAGAAAAAAGAAAAAAAAAAACAUACUGAAGGUGGAGGACAGACUCAGGGGGAUUGUAGGGAGUCGGUCCCUCACUGAACCCUGGUAAAGUGGGCGUCCAUUUGGCUCCAAUCACAUUCUGUCUUAAAAAACCUAGCUGUGGUUUUGUUUUGUUUUUGAGCUCACCU